UUAAGUUGAAGUUAAGAUUAUUCCGGAAAGAAACUAUAAAGUGAAGCCAAACGUUUGCAACCCUCGUCGAUCAUCCGAUACAAAAUCCACCAACUUCCACACUCCAGAUUGCUUCAUCAUAACCCACAGCUUCUCUCGCAAUCAACUCACCACACUGAAUUUAAUCUUUUACUGGGUGGCAAAACGGACAUGAAGUAGGAAAGCAUUCCUUUGGCAGGUUACGUCGUCAAAUUCUUUUGGCAUAUUAGCAUCGUGUUGGUCUCGUAAAAUCAUAUGGGAAUGAUUUGGAUGCUGUUAUAAUUUUGAUUAAGUGUACAGCAAGCUCAAGAAAAUGCCUCGCAAAGUGACAUAUGGAGUUGAUUUCGAUGACGACUAUGAUAUUUAUGAUGAUUACAAUGAGGACAAUUACGAUUACAAUUAUGGCAACGGUACAGAUGAUCAUAACACUGCCUGGGACUCUGUUGAAGUAAAACAUGAAGUUAAACAAGAAGUCGCUCGGCAAAAUGUUUGGCGCUGCCCCAUAUGUACAUUUGACAAUGAAGAAUAUCUGUCAUCGUGUGAUAUAUGUGGUGUCCUUCGCAACCCUUUGGUCAGAAGCAAUAACAAUGGCCAAUCAAGUACAGUUGGUGGCACAUGCAUGAAUUCCGGGGCAUCGAUGAUGGCAAAGUCUCUUUUUGCAUCGUUAGCGAACUUCCAACCACAUAAAGAUGCUUCUUCAACAAAAGACGACAAAUUUUCCCACUUGCGCGGAAGCAUUCGAGGCCAAUUUCAUGAUUUACAUAACACCUAUAUUUCUGAAAAACAUAACAAGGCUAACAUAGCCCCUUUCAAGUUUGAUAUCCCAUCUCCGGAUGAUGUGGUUUCUCUCGGAUUGAGAUCUUACAAAAUAGGUUCUAAAGUUGCACCCAACUUGAACAAACCGUCAACUUCUACUGCUCCUUCCAACAAAACAACAAACAAUGCCAACACUAGUACAAGUGCGAUACCUUCUGCCACGUCAGCACCGUCGAAUUCAAAGGUUAAAUCCGAUUACGUGGAGAACAGUCAUGCUUCCAAUGUCGAGGCACACACAUCCAACAAAACAACAAACAACCUUUCCAGUGAAUUGAACAGUUUGACCGUCACUGGCAAAUCUGGAAAUUCCAAAAUUCAUAACAAGGAAAAGAUACCAUCUCGUGUGGAAUAUAAACCUGAGAAGUGGAUGUUAGUUGACCAGACCGAUGAUUGUUUAACUCAGCUGAAUCUGGCUAUUGUUGGUCAUGUGGAUUCUGGAAAGUCAACACUCUCGGGAAGGCUGCUACACCUUCUGGGCCAAAUAUCUCAGAAACAAAUGCAUAAAUAUGAAAAGGAGGCUAAAUUACAGGGGAAAGGUUCUUUUGCGUAUGCAUGGGCGUUAGACGAGAGUGCCGAAGAAAGAGAAAGGGGAAUAACUAUGACAGUAGCAGUUGCCUACUUUAAUUCCAACAAGUACCAUGUCGUGAUACUUGAUUCACCGGGCCAUAAAGAUUUUGUUCCAAACAUGAUUUCGGGUGCAACACAAGCAGACGCAGCAAUUCUAGUUAUUGACGCAUCACUUGGUGCGUUUGAAGCGGGCAUCGCUAGUGCAGGUGGUCAAACACGGGAGCACGCACAGCUGAUUAGAAGCUUUGGGGUUGACCAAAUUAUUGUGUCUGUUAAUAAAAUGGACGCUGUUCAAUACUCGAAGGAUCGUUUUGAUACUAUUAAAUUGCAACUUGGAACGUUUCUUCGGUCUUGUAAUUUUAGAGAUUCGAAUGUGUCAUGGGUUCCGUUGAGUGCCAUGGAAAACCAAAAUUUGGUGGGACCCGCUUCUGAUGCACGGUUUUCCUGGUACAAGGGACCUAGUUUGUUGGAAGCUAUAGAUGCUCUUCAACCGCCUGCUAGAGAAUACUCGAAGCCUCUAUUAAUGCCCAUAUGUGAUGUCAUCAAACUUCCGUCUCAAGGUCAGGUAUCUGCGUGCGGGAAAUUAGAGGCGGGUGCCCUCCGUAAUGGAAGCAAGGUUCUUGUUCUGCCUUCGGGAGACGUUGGAACAGUGCGGUCACUAGAACGUGAUUCUCUGCCGUGUAGUGUUGCCAGAGCAGGAGACAAUGUAGCUGUUAGUCUACAAGGCGUUGAUGCUAGUAGUGUGAUGUCUGGUGGUGUGUUAUGUCACCCGGAUUUUCCGGUGGCAGUUAGCGAUCGUUUGGAGUUGAAAAUUCUUGUUUUGGAUGUCCAAACACCAAUAUUGAUUGGCUCACAGUUGGAGUUUCAUAUACACCAUGCAAAGGAAGUAGCAAAAGUUGCAAAGAUCGUGUCAUUGCUUGAUCCCAAAACGGGUAAAGUAACGAAGAAGUCACCACGAUGCUUGUUAGCCAAGCAAAGUGCUAUAGUUGAGGUGGUGCUUCAAGGAGAGGUUUGUGUGGAUGAGUUUUCAAGUAGUAGAGCACUUGGGAGGGUAUUUCUAAGAUCAUCAGGGACAACAGUUGCAGUUGGUGUUGUGACCCGAGUUAUAACAGCCGAGCCGAAUUAGUUUAUCAUAAACAAAAGUCGUUUUGAAUUUAUUUUUAGGUAAUUUAUCGAGUGUACAAUUUUGUAUCCAUUAGGCGGUCCCUGUUUCAUGAUAUGAAGAAUUGUUGGAUAUUUUUAUUUGUCGUGUUUUAUGUUUUGGUUCUUUUUUGUUUUUAUGCUUUGUAUCGAGAAUGUGUUUAUGUAGCUGGCAAAAUCAACCCGAACACCCAUUUCUGGGUCACAUUGGAUUAA